GCGCGCCACAAUAUGUGAAAGCCAAUCCCAAAACCUGCUUCGGUCUCUAUAUAUUUCUCUUCACCUCCGCUCCCCGCGGGUACCCGACCCGAACCAACCCGCACCUAUCGCAGAGAGAAGAACCAUGUUUGGUCGGAUCAGAGCCGCUUCUUCGUCCCUGGACACCUUAGACGGUUCCCCUUCCAAGAUUCUCAAAGAUGACUCCUUCUCUAUAUACGAAGCUACUCUUUUGAAGCUAAAGCUUGGUGCUAAACGUGGCGAUGUAAGUGCACAAGCUGUAGAAAUGGAUGAAUCUAGGGAUGAUUCUUCAGCUAGUUCAUCUUGCGUUGAGGAAGCAGAUAUGAACCAUAAUUGCAACAAUCUACCAAGUGCUUCAAUUUCCCAGCAUCAUAUAAUAACUGAGAUAACUAUGAUGGACACUGAUUGCUCUUCAAGUGAUAUUGCUUGUACUGGGAACAACACUGGACAGGGAAGUCACAAUAAUGUUUCCAUUCUUCGUUUCUUUAAAGUUAAGGAACCUAGUAAUUCCAGUGUCUCGUCUUGUGGCGAGGUGGCCUCGGCAAAGGAGGGUAGUUCUGGAUCUGUUUCAUCGAGUUCAGUUGAAUUACAUAGCAGUAGUGAAGGGGAGAGUAAUCUUCAAUAUUCAGAUGUUUGUGAAUUUUCCAAAUAGAGAAAGUUAUGAUCUGAAAAAUGGUCUAUUCUGCCAUGUCUCAUGCCUACAUUUUCCCCAAGGCUUCUAUCUGUUGUAUUGUAUCUUAGUUAAUUAAUCUGCAACAUGUCAUAAAGCUUUCAGAAUAUUUAAUCUUUUUGGCUGUAUCCGUUGAAUUUUUGCUCAAUGAUAACAUCGUCCUUUUUA